AUGCGGGUAUUCAUAGGCCUCUUGCUGUUUUUAUCACUUCUCGUUGAAGCCGAUGAGCAUGACCACAUUUAUGAAGUUGAUGAAGAGGUCAUUUUAUGGAUGAACACUGUGGGACCCUAUAGCAAUCGGCAGGAGACUUAUACAUACUUCUCCUUGCCAUUCUGCAAAGGUUCGAAAAAGGAAAUCGGGCAUUAUCACGAAACCAUGGGCGAAUCCCUUCUCGGUGUCGAAUUGGAAUUCUCCGGUCUUGAUAUCAAGUUUAGAACCAACACGAAGAAAACUGUGAUUUGCACCAAGAUUCUAUCAGAAUCCGAUUACAAAACUCUCCUCUACGCCAUCCAGAAUACUUAUUAUUAUCAAAUGUAUCUCGAUGAUAUGCCAAUUUGGGGAAUGGUUGGUGAGAUCGACAACACCGUCACUCCACCGUCAUACAAGCUGUAUACCCAUAAAAGACUUGACAUUGGCUUCAACGAGAAGCAAAUCGUCGAUGUCAAUUUGACAUCAGAUGGAAGAAUUGAAUUGCGUCCAGGAGCUGAAAUUACCUUCACAUAUGAAGUGGUCUGGACCAAGUCAGAUAUUGAUUUCGAGAAGAGAUUCGACAAAUAUUUGGAUCCCAACUUUUUCCAGCACCGAAUUCACUGGUUCUCAAUCUUCAACAGUUUCAUGAUGGUUGUAUUCCUUGUUGGAUUAGUUUGGAUGAUACUCGUUAGAACCUUGAGAAAGGAUUAUGCGAGAUACCAGAAAGAAGAUACUCUUGAUGACCUUGACGCCGAUCUUGGAGACGAAUACGGCUGGAAGCAGGUUCAUGGCGACGUCUUCCGACCGCCAUCGAUGCCACUUCUAUUCGCCAGUUGCAUCGGUGCAGGAUAUCAUGUGUUCACAGUGGCGGUGAUCACCACAAUUCUCGCAAUCGUCGGCGAAUUCUACACCGAACGCGGAUCCCUUCUUUCCGCAGCGAUUUUCGUCUACGCGGUGUGCGCUCCAGUCAACGGCUAUGCCGGCGGUUCGAUGUAUGCGAGAUUCGGCGGUCGUCAGUGGAUCAGACAAAUGCUCGUCGGAUCAUUCUUGCUUCCAAGUAUGGUUUGCGGAGUGGCGUUUUUAAUCAACUUCAUUGCUAUCUACUAUCAUGCCUCAAGAGCAAUCCCAUUCACGAUUAUGCUCGCUGUUUCCGCAAUCUGCUUAUUCGUCAUCCUCCCAUUGACGUUGGUUGGAACUGUCGUUGGCAGAAACAUGGCUGGACAUGCUGAUUAUCCAUGCAGAGUAAAUGCUGUUCCACGCCCGAUUCCUGACAAGAAAUGGUUCGUUCAACCAUGGCUCAUCACCCUUGCCGGUGGAAUUUUACCAUUUGGUUCGAUCUUUAUUGAAAUGUACUUCAUUUUCACAUCGUUCUGGGCUUACAAGAUUUACUAUGUUUACGGAUUCAUGCUUCUCGUUCUUAUCAUUCUCGCCAUCGUCACUGUCUGCGUCACAAUUGUCUGCUCGUAUUUCCUGUUGAACGCCGAAGAUUAUCGAUGGAGAUGGACAAGCUUCGCGUGUGGAGCAUCAACGGCACUUUAUGUUUAUCUCUAUUCCAUCUAUUACUUCUUUUUCAAGACUAAAAUGUUCGGAAUGUUCCAAACGGUGUUCUAUUUCGGAUAUAUGGGACUAUUCUCGGCAGCUCUUGGAUUGAUGACGGGAACCAUCGGCUACGUCGGAACCGCGAAAUUUGUGCGCAAAAUCUAUAACACCGUCAAAAUCGACUAA